AUGCGCCGAAGUAGCCCUGUGCAACAAUGGCUAGAUUCCUUGCCUAGUGAGGACGCAAAUUCACAAGAAGCAACACUGAAUGGUAAGAAAGAUGAAGACGACUCAGACACUGCUGAGAACAAGGCAGAGGAAUCAAUUACUGAUAAUACUGUGAUUGAAACGCAAAAUGAUUUACAAGAAGACAAAAGUUUAGAAGUACCAGAGCAAAAGGAGUUGUUAAAGAGAAAGUCUUUAGAAAGUGGAGUACUUAAUGAUCAGUUAAAGAAUAAAAGUAAAUUGCAACGGGACCAUUCUAUACAGUCAGAGGGAUAUAUUCCGAGAUUGAAAAAUCCUUUACUUCGGGAUCACUCUUUACAAUCUGAUGGAAGUGGUUCUAGUGGCAGUUCUGUAUUAAAUGUUUUGGGUGCAAGGAAAGUAGAUGCAGAGUCUGUUCUCUUGGCAUUGGGAUUUGGACCAAGUGAAAAACAGCAAAAACUACAAAGAAUACCGGAUAGAUUUUUGGUUCCAUCCAAGUUAAAGGGAAUAAGUACAGAAGAUUUUAUAAAAAAUGAACAGCAUUCAAUGAAGAUGCAUGACUGCGGAGUUUUUGGUUACAGAGGAUUAACAGGGAAUCCCCAUGUUCCACCGUCGACAAUUGUAGCUAAAAUAAUUAAUUGUUUACUACAAGACGAGAUGUGUCGAGAGGAAGCUUUAAUGCGCACGCGCCAUUCUAUAGCGGAUAUGCGAAGUGCGCCUGCCAUACACGCCCGUUUAGCGGCAAGAUUUAGGAGCACCUGA